AUUUCGAUGGAUCUAGAUUUUAUGGAAACGAUGAAAAUGAAAUUGACAUGGAUUUCAUCAAUAAGACAGUGUCUGAACUUAAAUUUAACCUUUGUGAUGUUGAAAUAAAAUUUCAUGUUGACUCUGAUCGUGAACUUGCUAUUAGAAAGUUGAAAUUGGCCACUUCUCUUGGAAAUUCCAAUGCAAAAGCAUUGUUAAAAAAA